UUCCCCAAUUGGACCAAAAGCCCAUCUCUGAUCUCUCUCUUCUCCUCUUCUUCUUCUCUCUAUUAUAUCUCCCCAUCAAACAUACAAACCCUAAACGAAAUCUCUCUCUCUCUCUCGUUUUCUCCAUCCGAUUAUCUGAUCCUCGAGAAGGAAUAUGUUUAGAUCUGUUUCAACUGAUGAAUGCAAUUUGAUAGUAGUCGAAUUUGAUGGAUGAUGAUUGUACAGAUGGAUAAAAUGUCUGCUCCUUCAUCAAGGGAGCGUGCGCAACGUCUUUACGAAAAGAAUAUUGAGCUGGAGAAUAAGCGUCGGAGGUCAGCUCAGGCAAGAAUUCCUUCAGAUCCCAAUGCCUGGCAACAGAUGCGGGAGAACUAUGAAGCUAUAGUUCUCGAGGAUCAUGGUUUUUCUGAGCAGCACAAUAUAGAAUAUGCUCUUUGGCAGUUGCAUUAUAGGCGCAUUGAGGAACUAAGAGCUCACUUCAGUGUUGCUCUAGCUAAUACUGUCUCAAAUACAUCUCAGGGAGUGAAAGUUCCUGCUCGACCUGACUGUAUUACUAAAAUAAGGCUUCAGUUUAAAACAUUUCUUUCAGAAGCAACUGGAUUCUAUCAUGAUCUAAUCCUGAAAAUCAGAGCUAAAUAUGGGCUUCCUCUGGGAUACUUCUCUGAGGAUUCAGAUAAUAGAGUUGUCUUGGAAAAAGAUGCGAAAAAAUCAGCCGACAUGAAGAAAGGUUUGAUCUCUUGUCACCGCUGUUUAAUAUACUUGGGUGACCUUGCAAGGUACAAGGGACUCUAUGGGGAGGGUGACUCAAAGCCACGCGAAUAUGCUGCUGCUUCAAGUUACUAUUUACAAGCUGCAUCCUUAUGGCCAUCAAGUGGGAACCCCCAUCAUCAGCUUGCUAUUUUGGCUUCCUACUCGGGAGAUGAGUUGGUGGCAGUGUAUCACUAUUUUAGGAGUCUGGCUGUUGAUAAUCCCUUUACAACAGCAAGAGAUAACUUGAUUGUUGCUUUUGAGAAGAAUCGACAGAGUUACACUCAACUGCUUGGUGAUGCUAAAGGAUCUAUGGCCAAGGAUUCAUCCAUGCGCUUGACCAGCAAGGGGAGAGGGAAAGGGGAAGCAAAACGUGCAGUUAAAGACACAAACGUGGAAGCCAAUGUUGUCAAAGAAAGGUCACCUAAUAUUCGUGAGAUGUAUAAAUCAUUUUGCAUUCGAUUUGUCCGCCUGAAUGGUAUUCUUUUCACACGCACCAGCCUGGAAACUUUUGAUGCAGUUCUCUCAUUGGUCAGUGGUGAAUUCUGUGAGCUGCUUUCUUCUGGGCCAGAAGAGCAGCUAAAUUUUGGUGCAGAUGCUGUUGAAAAUGCCCUUCUCAUUGUACGGCUUAUAUCUAUUCUUAUAUUCACAGUUCACAAUGUGAAAAGAGAGGCCGAGGGUCAGACAUAUGCAGAAAUUGUACAGCGUACUGUUCUACUACAGAAUGCACUUACUGCAGUUUUUGAGUUAAUGGGACACGUGUUAGAGAGGUUUGUGCAGCUGCGUGAUCCUUCUACAAGUUAUCUCUUACCUGGCAUUCUUGUUUUUGUUGAAUGGUUGGCCUGUUGCCCUGAUGUUGCAUCGGGCAGUGAUGCUGAUGAUAAACAGGCCACUGUUAGAUUGAAGUUUUGGAACCAUUGUAUAUUGUUCUUGAAUAAGGUCUUGUCGUUUUGGUCAAUGUCUCUAGAUGAUAAUGAAGAUGAUACAUGCUUUUAUAACAUGAGCCAUUAUGAAGAAGAGGAAACUGGAAAUCGGCUUGCUUUAUGGGAGGAUUUUGAGUUGAGAGGAUUCCUGCCACUUCUUCCUGCACAAACCAUUUUGGACUUUUCAAGGAAGCACUCUUUCGGAAGCGAAGGCAGUAAGGAAAGGAUAGCUCGUGUUAAAAGGAUUCUAGCUGCAGGAAAGGCUUUAGCAAAUAUAGCUAGGAUUGAUCAAAAAACAGUAUUUUAUGAUUCAAGGAUGAAGAAAUUUGUCAUAGGUGUGGAGCCUCAAAUUUCAGAGGGCGGCAUGUUGACUUUUGAGUCUGGUCUGCCAAAAACUAGUGAUGUGGUGCAAGAAAUUCAGCCUCAGAAAACCAUUAAUGUGGGAGUUUUGAAGCCUAAUGCACAGCCAUAUAUAGAAGGGGACGAGGAGGAUGAAGUAAUUGUUUUCAGGCCUGCAGCAACAGAGAAGCGAAAUGAAGGGCUUAGUCCAAAAUGGGUCCCCUAUGAUGGCAUGAAACAGAAUCAAGAUGUAUCUGCUGAUCUGAAAUUUUAUGGUGGUUCUGUUUCAUCUCCUCUUGAUCUGCUGCAGCAUUCUGCUUUUGAUGCAGGUUCUCAAAUAUCUGCAUCCUCUGGCAUUAAUGUUUCCCAGCAUCUACAACCUAUUCAACCGCCUGCCUCAAAGUGGUUAAUGGAAGAAGCUGCUUCGCUUGCAAAUAGCUUGAAGGCUAUUAGGUUCACAGAGAAUGGGCAUGUAACAGAGCAUGAGUUGCCAAAAGAUUUAGGCAUAGGCCAUCCUGCUGCACAUUCACUUCCCAUCCAACCUGCAAAUGUUAAUACUAGUAUUUUCUACAAUCAGGCAAAAGUGCCAGAAGCUGUGAUUCCAUCAAAGGUUGAUGUUAUCACUGAAAGUUUGUCUGUGAAGACAUCAGCAGCUUUGCCAGCAGGCUUGAGGAAAACUGCAGUCAGUCGACCUGUAAGGCACCUUGGGCCUCCUCCAGGCUUUAGUCAUGUUCCUCUUAAACAAGUAAAUGAAGCUGUUUCUGGCUCAGAUUUGAUGACUGAGAAUUCACUGACUGAUGAUUAUAGUUGGUUGGAUGGCUAUCAGUUGCCAUCGUCAACAAGGGGGUCUGGGUUCAGUAAUGCCACUACUAUAACUUCUCAAGCAAUGCAUCAGUAUAUCAAUAGCAGUAAUGGCUUGACUGGGACAGUUAGCUUCCCUUUUCCUGGAAAACAGGUGUCAUCAGGCCAAUUCCAGACUGAAAAACAGAAAGGCUGGCAGAAUUACCAGGCCUUUGAGCAUCUAAGAUUACAGCAAGAGCAGCUGCAGCAACAACUCUUAAAUGGAAAUCAGCAAUUUACUCCAAUGUCUGAGCAAUAUCAUGGAAAGUCCAUCUGGGGUGGUCGAUAUAUUGUGUGAGAUGAGUAUAAAAGCAUGGAUGGUUCUGAAAAUGAUUUCGGUGAAUGUACUGCGUCCUCUUGCUACCAAAUAUGAACUCCAACUUUGAAUCCUUUGUCAAAUUUCAAAUUUUAAGUUUUUGUUGGAGCAUGGGUGGCUGUGGCUCCUUGACGGGGGCUUGCUACUGAACAAAUUUCACUGAGCUCUCCUUCCAGGUGAAGACAAAUCGUGAAACAUCUGUAUGGUGACAAAUUCCUAAGUAAAUCCCCUUGUCUGGUUACAUGGGUUGGAGGUAGAAUGUUUUAAUAAGAGCAACUAUUGGUUUCGGGCUUACAUUUGGAGGAGUUGGUGGAAUAAACAUACGGUGCACUCACCAUUUUACUCGACUUUCAUCUUGUCCUAGCUGUCAGAACUGCUGGUGCUCUCAUUGGUUGGCUGGUGAUAAUUUAUAGUAUCUGUGAUUGGUUGUGCCAGAUAUCUCCAGAGCUCUAGUUGGAAGGGUGUUUAGAUAUGAUUUUGGCAUCAGAAGUUGGGCAGUGGGAUUAAAUGUGUAGUAUGUGUAUGAAAGGUGUCGUGUAGGGUUGCAGUGUCCAGAUCGGAAUACUUGUUAUGUUCGACGAUGCUAUUGUUUGAUGUCAUGCUUUUACAGGGUAUAUGGAACAAGUGACUCUGGAGUUGGGUUUGACCCCAACUUCUGGGAAAUAAACUCUGGAAUACAUACUUUGUUGAA